AAUAAAUUUUAUAUACACUAAUGGAAUGCAUUAAAAAAAAGAUUUAAUAAUUUCCGUCAACUCAUUUCUGACAUAAAAGCUGCAAAUAAAUCAUACGUUGCGUUUACAGAAGAGAUAGCAACAUAAUCUCUCGACAAAACAUCGUUAUGACCGCAGCUUUUUUAAACGUUGUUAUUAAAAGAACUAACGAAUUCGUUAUCUCAUUUGGAAAAUUAACCAUGAUAAGUGUAGAUUUUAUAAUACAGUAUUUUUUAACAGUUUUACUGACAAAGUGACACAAUGUUCUAAAAUAUCUCAAUCAGUUUAAUCAAUAAGCAAUAAAACUUUCUUAAUGAUCGUAAACACGAGAAGUUAAUAAAUUUAAAAAAAAAUGAAUAAUAACAGAAAAUUUGAAGGAAAUGAUAAAGAUAAGAAUACGAACGAUGAACAUAAUAAAAGAUACAAUGAAGAUUGUGGUUUAAAACUUAAUGAGGGGGAAUCUUUUCAAGAUAAAAACUGUCUGGAUCAAAAUUCAACAAAAGAAUGGUUUCAAAUUUUAGCUGUAUGUUCAGCUGCAAUUUCAUCAUUAAGUGCAUCAAUAUUAUUCACUUGGACAUCACCGACAAUCCCAAUUUUAAUUUCAAACGAAUUUCCAAACAUCAACAUAGAUUUAGCAUCAUAUUUAACAGUUAUACCACCGAUAGUAACCAUUCUAGUCAGCCCGUUCUGUUCAAUAUUAACCGAAAAUUACGGCAGAAAAUAUCCACUUUUAGCCAUAGGAGUUUGCCAUAUUUGUUCUUGGAUAUGCAUAAUGUUAGGAGAGGACAUUUACAUUUUUUAUCUUUCAAGAAUUUUUUUUGGAAUAGCAGAUGCGGCUAUGUUUGGUGUUUUACCCGUUUACAUAGCGGAAAUAACAACUCCUAAAGUAAGAGGAACUUGGGGAAAUGCAAUGGGAUUUGGAAUUUUUCUAGGACAAUUAAUAAUGAAUACAAUUGGUUAUUAUUUUGAUAUGAAAAUAGCUGCUUAUAUUCUUGUAACUAUUCCGAUUUCAUUCUUGGCGUUGUUUUUAACAAUGCCCGAAACGCCUUAUUUCUAUUUAAUGAAAGGUAAAAAAGAACAAGCUGAAAAAUCUUUGAAGCAACUAAGAAGAAGUGAUAACGUUUCAGAAGAAUUAAAUCGAAUUUCUGAUGAUGUUCAAAAAUUAAUUUCAGCAAAAACAUCUUUUAAAGAUUGUUUUAGUAAUAAAACUAAUAGAAAAGCCGUUUUAUUAGUCACUUUAGCUAGGGGAAUACAACAAAUGUCUGGAAUUUCUGCUUUUGCGGUUUAUACGCAAUUAAUUUUUCAGGAAGGUAUGCCUGAAAUGGAUCGUGGAAUUUCAUCAAUAAUUUACACAGCAAGUCUUACUAUUUUUGCAUUUUUUGGCUCAAUAAUUUGCGAUAAAUUGGGAAGAAAAAAAUCGAUGGUUAUAUCAUCAACCGGCUGUGCUCUUUGUUUAACAGCUGAAUCAGUUUAUUUUUAUUUAAAACAAGAAACAUCUUUAAAUUUAACUAAUAUUUCUUGGUUUCCAAUCGCAGGGAUGAUUUUGUACGUUAUUGUAUUUUGUCUUGGAAUGGGUUUAACACCCAUGUUACUUUUAAGCGAAAUGUUUUCAACGAGCAUCAGAGGUAAAGCAACCGGAAUUUUAACAAUAAUCUAUUGCAUUUACAUAACAAUAACGACAAAAGUGUUUCAAUUACUCACCACAAAUUGUGGUUUAUUCGCUUCGUUCGGAAUGUUCGCAAUAUUUUCUUAUUUAAGUAUUAUCUUAUCUUAUUUAUACGUUCCGGAAACGAAAGGAAAAACAUUGGAAGAAAUUCAAGAAAUAUUAAGCGGUGUGAAAAAUGUAAAUAAACCAGUCUAAUAAAAAGAAUAAAAACA